AUGCUAGACUUAGAAACUUUCAUAUUUGUCUGCUAUAAUUUGCGGCCGUCAGAUCUUCUUUCGCUGGUAUGCGUGUGCAAAACUUUCAAAAGUAUUUUAGACGAAAACAUCAAUCCAUUAGCUGAAGAAAUCUGGAGAAAUUCUAGAAUUAAAUUUACAACUUUUCGAGAUAUGGAACCACCAUCUGGAAUGAAUCAACAUACUUUUACCAGGCUGUUAACAUUCGAAAAAGGUUGUCAGUUUUGUAAAACUAAAGAAAAAGCGUUGACAAUAUAUUGGAUUCCUGGUGUUCGCUCUUGUCGGGAUUGUAUGUUCCCAAGAGUUUCACAUAUACUUGGAUCAACUUUUAAGAUCGAUAAUGAAGUUCUUGGACUUAUUUUACCAGUAACACCAAGCAUUGAUUUACCAGAAUCUAAGCAUACACAUUAUUGGAUCGAUCACGUUAAGAAUGUUAUCGCGUUUCUUAUGAAUGCUGAUGAUAAUAUGCGACGCGCGUUAAAUAAUUUAAGAAAAGAUGUCGGAAAUAAAUAUAAAGAAACUAAAAAUUAUGAAAAAUGGAUGUUUAAUUUACGUCAAUUCUACCUUAGAGGACAAGAUGAUCAUUUUUCAAGAUUGCAUGCUGAAAUUAAUAGAGAAACUUUAUUCAAGAUGCAAGAAGAUUAUGAAUACAAAAAAUUGAAGACCGAAAUACAAUGCAAUCCUUUUUUAGUACAAGAUUGGCAGCAAUAUAAAUCAAGGAUUUUACAAAUCGCUCAAAGGAUUGAUAGGAAUCUCACAAGCACCACUUUUCCACCCACACUGGUCUCAUCCAAAAACAAAAUUGUGGAUAAAAUAACACAAAAACGAAUCAAAAUCGUUAAACGCCUUAGAAAACUAACAUAUGGAUCAAAAAGAACAUCGCAAUGUCAAAUUAUAAGUAUUUUUGAUGUACUAUACGUAUAUUUGCCAAUAUGCCCAAGCUUCGUAAACCCACCGGAUCUCGAGGAAUAUUCCCAAGAGUUUUUUAUAAGAAAACUUUUGCCCACAUUAAAAAGGGAAGCUGAACAACUAUGCGCUUCCAGGACAACCCCUCCACCAUAUUUCCUCGAGAUGGACGGGGCAUUAAAAGUUGGUGGUCUUCGAGAUCAACUAGUUUUUGAGUGUCGCCUUUGUAACACACUUGACCCGAGUAACAUUAAAAAAAUUCGAGCGCACAUCAAGGAUGUUCAUGAACUUGAUGAAAAUUUAAAUAAUGUGCUUUUUGCGACUAAGUUUUAUAAUUUUAAUAAUAAAGUUAUUGCACAAUGCUGA